AUGGCCCUAAACCCAAAAGCACUGGGCCACAGGGACUCGGACUACACCGCGGCGGGUGGACAUAGUGCGGACAGGGGAGAAUCUCAGAAGAAUACUACCGCCACCUCGGCCACAGCCAACCAAAAUGGCGAUCAGCCUGGAUGUGGAGACCGUGUAAUGCCCGAACAUGAAGCUCCUGAUCGCCGAAGGAAUGCUCACUCAGACGCCCGGGGCUUUAGCAGUUCUCCUCUACCGGGCCAGAGACCAAACGAAGAGCUGCCUCGCAAAAAUUUCCAAAUCCCGAGGAAGAUCCGAGAACGGAAAGGCCUGUACCAGUUUCUACCUCCAGACAGUAGAGAGUUUGAGGAUCUCGUGAAGACCAUUUCCUCUUUUUACCUGGAUUCAGCGUCGCGGGGAACGUUCACGUACUGCAAGGCCAGACUCAUCCACAAUGAGCUGCUGGAGAAAGAGUUUGUCGAGAAGAGGCGAGAAAUGAAGCAAGACGGUCGAAGUGAACCAGAGCUGGUGGAGUCGUACUGCUUUCUGUAUCCAGACAAAUCUAAACUCCAGUGGAUCUGUGAGAAGGGUUUGUCUGUAGGACACUCAAGAAUCAUCACUCUCGGCAAUCCAUCAUCUGGCGUUUACCUCUCCAAGUAUUCAGACUUAUUACAAAUUAACCCGUUUGACCCUGGCUCGUUUGGGGACAUGAUGGUCUUCAAAGUCAUGAGGGGUCGAAUAAAGCACAUUCACGAGAAUAUGCCUAAAAACGCCAUUGAGCCUAAUCAGAAGUUUGACUGUCACCUGUCCAAACGUGCCAACCGAGUAACAUCGCUGCUGUCUUAUAGGGCUUUCGAACACACACAGCAAUACUUUUUCGAGUUUGCGUUUGACGAAAUAAAGGCAAGACCCCGACACGUGUGCCCCUAUGCGGUCAUCUCCUUCCAGUACAAAGGGAAAGAGGGGGUCGCCACACCAAUGUCUGCCCAUAGGUUUAACACCAUUACACCUGAAGGAAGUCGAGGGAAGAGCUGUUACACUGUUUGGAGCGGGCCUCUCGUGAACAAGGGUGAAGAGCUGUUCCCCGUCUGUUUACGGUCCUCGCGGCCUUGCCUUCCUUUUAAACUAUCUGAAAAGCUGGAUGUGAAUCAGGGCAUGCAGCUGGAUCAGGUGAAGAGGAAGAUUCCCUCAAUACUGUUUUCUUCGGAGACCUACCUUUCAUCACGAGAAGUGAUGAGGUGCGGGAUGUGGUGCAGCUUGUUUGACAUUGUAGAAGGAAAAGGCAGACCCAGUAAAGGCAGCCUGGCAGCUCUGGUCAACAAACUGGAGAGAGACAGACUGGUGCUCGUGAAGGCCUUGUCUGAUCGGGGUUUUCUCUUCCUCCUGUCCUCGGCUCAGAUGCACGAUUCCAAAGAGCGCUGGGGGAAGGUGGAGAGAAACCUACAAGCGCUAUUCAUCUUUCAGGAGCCGAGAGUGGUGGCAAAGUAUACGGCCCGGCUGAGUGAGCCUGAGCCACUGUACAUGGAGCCCUAUUCAUCGAUCUUGUCCGGGACGGAGCCCUUCCUGCCGGGUAUCCAUUACUCAAUGUUCAAACUUCGCCCAAACCCGGGAAAAGACAUGAGCGCCGCCGUGGAGCGUCAAACCACAGACUAUUUGACACGCAUGCAGUCCGCCUCAGUACGUCCUUUCAUUCUGCCGGACUAUAAAAGCGGCCUGGACGACAGGAUUAACCCUUUGCUAGCUCCGACUCGGCCCAAGUUCAACAUGGACGCCGCACUUCGAACAUAUGUCCAUAACUCUUGUAACUACAUGAUGCCUAUACAUAAAGCUAAGGACGUCAUAGAGCGAGUACGUAACCCCGUCCCUGUAGUCAUCGAGGCCGCGCCCGAGCCCGAGUACAGCCCUGUGUCCGACUGGGGAGGCUCGGAUCGAGGUUCGGACAGGGUGGAGAAACCGCCGGACAAGCCUCCAGAGAUCGUCCCACAGGAAAGGCCUCCUCCGGACAAGCGCACAGAGAAGAAGAAGCAGACGCAGCAGCAGCAGCAACAGCCGGGAGUGGCACAUUCAAACGGCGGGCAAGUUCAGGUCCCGGCCCCCGCAGAGAAAAGUCCCAGUCCCAGUCCCAAACCGACCAUGACCCAGGGGGAGUACGACGAAGAGAAGAUGAAGAAGCUGCUCAAGCUCAUUCAGAUCCACAAGAAAACACGCGUGAAGGAGCCCGGGGCCGAGGAGGACGACGAGGACUGGAGCAACGACUUGAACAAUUUAAAGAGGAAAUAUGAAGGAGACGAGCCAGCGGGGACGAACAAACACCAGCGCAUAGACUCUCUCACCAACGGAGAGCCCAGCCAAGGAUCCCAGGGCAUUGUUCACGACGGCGCUCAGAAGGAGGGUUUGAUCUCUGUGAUGGAGAGGAUCGGUUACGACACGGACCUGAGGGCGCACGGCACGCAGGGAACGGCCGUCAGCGAGACCCAAAACCUGCUCAAGAUCCUGCUGGCCACUCUCAACAAGGCCGUGGCUCAGGGCGCAACGCCGAACAAAGACGGCUCAGGCUCCGUCACCCCCAACGCCGACCAAAAGAAGACCCACGAUCUGACAGCACCGGCGGACUACACUGAGGAGGACAUGGAUUGUAGUCCUGGAAGCCCAUUCAGUGCAGCCUCACCAAUGCAGUCAGAAAACCUCAACUGUGUUACUGCUAAUUCUGGAGAGCCUUUGUCUGCGGAGCUACUGAAGAAAAUAAAGUCGGAGAUGAAAUCUGAAAUCAAAACUGAAUCUAAGCCAGACGUGAAGCUUGACAUGAAGCCGGAACUGAAGCCAAACGCAAAGCCAAGCGCAAAGAUCGACUUAGACCGACACGUCAAGACGGAGGUGAAGAUGGAGGUGGAGGCCGAGCCGCUGAGGCCGAAGCUGGAGGUGAAAAAGACUGUACCUCCAGUGUUACCUGUAGUGGAGGAGAUCCCGACCGCGCGGCCUUCCAUUAGCCUGGACACCAUCCUCAAUCAGGAAGUGUACAGCUUGACGUCGGACAUCAAAAGCUUGAUGCAAAGCCGCCACGUUUCCUACAACUCCAAUCUGCCGCCACGGUUACCCAAGAGGCACAGCUGGCAUCCCAACAGCAGUUUCUCCCGCUUCGUCAUCCCCUACGCCGGUCCAGUGUCUGUCGAUAGCCACGUCAAAAUACUGAGCGAUAGGAUAGGUAAGCUCGUCCCCGUGUCGUCAACGGAGGAUUCUGCCUCAGUCCUCCCAGUUUCUACAUCUGACAUCACAGUAACUACCCUCAACCCGCCCUCCGAGAUGCCCGAACCCUCUCCGCGCGCCACGUCCACCACCCCAGCUGUAAAAACAGUCCAACAAAAGCCCAAGGUGAAAUCGGAGGGGCCUAAAUCUGAAGUGAAGGAGAUGUAUUCGCCCACGUUCACCACGCCUGACUCUCCAGAGCGACGGCAGGAGGCGCAGAAGCCCUCUCCCAGUGGGGGCGCCAGUGGGGGUGGGCUGCUGGCCGGGAGCCUCAUAGGCCACCUCAAGCCAGAAGUGUUCAGCAGCCUGGUGGAGAUCUUCAAAGACGUCACCAAAAACACGGUCAAGUUCUUCAUCUACUCCGGAGAGGAAGCCGAGGAAAGCACCGUCUGCAAAGAGAUCAAGGAGUACUUGAUCAGCCUGGGCAACAGUGAGAGCAGCCCGCAGACGUUCCUGGAGAACAGUGGCAGUUUAGAUAAGCUGCUGAUCAUCAUUCAGAACGAACACAUCGCCGCCCACGUGCAUAAGAUCCCGGCGCUCGUGUCUCUAAAGAAGCUUCCCGCAGUGAGUUUCGCUGGAGUCGAUUCUCUGGACGACGUCAAAAACCACACGUACAACGAGCUCUUCGUGUCCGGGGGCUUCAUGGUGUCGGACGAGUUUGUGCUCAACCCCGAGUCCAUCACCCAGGAUCGUCUGCAAAUGCUGCUUACGUUUUUAGAAGAGCAGAGCACCCCGGAGCACCCCUGGCAGUGGAAGGUGCAUUGCAAGUCACAGAAGAAAUUGAAGGAAAUGGGAAGGCUCAAUGCAAACGCUAUGGGGCUGUUGAAUCUCCUGAGCUCAUAUCAGAAGAAGCACUUGGUGGAGUUCUUGCCGUAUCACGACUGCGACACGGCGUCGCGGCAGGCACCGGAUCUUGAUUGUCUUAUAAAACUCCAAGCUCAGCACACGCAGCAGCGGCACCUCAUCUUCCUCACGGAGCGUCCGUUUGAGAUGUUCCUUCAGUAUUCCCGGAACGGCAUCGUGAUCGCCAGCAUUGAUGAUGUCAUGAACAGCUUCCACAGUCUCAUUGGCUCGAUUAAUCAGAGUGACCUCCCCACGCCGCCCUCUACUGUUGUGAAUGAUGAGUGUGUGGAGGAGGACAUGUCCAUAGACUCAGAGGACGAGGGUGAAGGACCUGGGACUUCAGACGAACAAAGUAAAGUGGGGGAGAAGCCCGCGCCCCCACUUCCCAACACAGAGGAGUUCCGGCCUCCUCUCCCCGAGCAGCAGGGCGCUCCCGAUCAGGCGCCCUUGCUGUCCGACUACAGCGCUCUCAAAAGUGUGAUCUCCCAAUUUAAAGCUGUAAACCAGAUUGGACCAGCAGACUUUGGCAGCGUAUCCCCCGGAGGAUUCCCCGUGAACCCUCACCAGAGCUUCCUCUGCCCCUCCACCCCCUGGUCGUCCUUCACGGGCAGCUCCAGCUACAGCGCGUCCCCCGCCUUCCCCGGCUCUCCCUGCAGCAGCACACAGGAGACAGAGUAUCGCCCCAUGGUCACGACCCCAGCCACAGCACCCACCACUCCUGCUCCUGUCCCUGCAGAACCUCUGGCAAACCUGGCCUCAUUACCCCUGGAAGUGAAAGCCCCGCCCCCGCCGCAUCUCAUGAUGUUGGGCCACACUUAUAACUCCGACAUCACAGACACUGUGGAGGCCUCUCCUCUACCUCCUCCUCAGCCCUUUUCAGAAAGUGUGGACUACAGUGCAGGCAUCACUUCAAACGUCCCCCACGCUCUGGGGGACAGGACACUGGGGCCAGCGGACGGGGGAUGGGGGGGGCCUCACCGUAUGGACACCAACAGUGAACUUAUGGGGGGAAACAGUUGCCCGCCUGUGGACAGGACUCCUUUGCACUUAGACAAACCUGGUCCGCCUGUGGGUAUCCCUGCAGCGGACACCAGGGGGAGCUCUUUACCCAGACCUCGAAUGCCUCCUCACCACUCGGUGUGCGGCCAGGGCUACAGUGGGUUUGUGCCCGGACAUGGACCCAUGGACCAGGGGGCUCUACGGGGCCCUAUGAAUCCAGGGGGGGGUUUCAGGGGGAGGGGGCCACCUCCUGGAGGGCACUGGCCUCGGCCCAUGCGGGGAGGGGGCCCUGGGGGGCCUCCAUUUUGGGGCUUUCAGGGAGGCAGAGGAAGAGGCAGAGGACACAAUUACUACUCGGACUUCUCAUACUCUCACAACUAUGCUCCUGAAUAG